AUGGCUAUCACUACUCCUUCGUUGCAGAUACCAGCAGCCCGCUCAGGCUCGAACAGUGCAUUCCAAGACAAGGGCAAACCCAUGGAAGUCCGCCUGUCUAACAUGGUCGCUGCAAAAGCAAUAAGUGACGCUGUCAGAACCUCAUUAGGUCCGAGGGGUAUGGAUAAGAUGAUUCAAACACCCAAGGGAGAGCUUAUCAUCACGAAUGACGGUGCAACAAUCUUGAAGAGUAUCCAGGCUCUUCACCCUGCAGCUAAGAUGCUUGUAGAUCUCUCCGCUGCGCAGGAUGUUGAAGCGGGAGAUGGAACAACAUCUGUUGUAGUGCUUGCUGGAAGUUUCCUUGGUGCUGCGGAAAAAAUGCUGCAGAAGGGCAUGCAUCCAACAAUCAUCGCUGAGUCGUUCCUCAAGGCAUCGGCGAAGGCGGUUGAAUACUUGACGGAAAUUUCCACUCCGAUUGACCUAUCAGACAAGUCUUCGCUCCUCCACGCUGCUACGACGUCUCUCAAUUCAAAAAUCGUGUCGCAGUACUCCUCCACACUCGCGCCAAUUGCUGUGGCCGCAGUGACACGCCUUGUAACCCCUACCUCUUCGAACGUGGAUUUGCGCGAUGUCCGCAUCGUGAAGAAAGUGGGUGGAACGAUAGAAGACACGGAACUCGUCGAUGGCGUCGUGCUAAAUCAGAAUGUCAUCGUCGCUGCGGGAGGGCCGACGCGAGUUGAGAAGGCCAAGAUUGGUAUCAUCCAAUUCCAACUUAGCGCGCCAAAACCUGACAUGGACAACACGGUGGUGAUCAAUGACUACCGGCAAAUGGACAAGGUGAUCAAGGAAGGCCGACAAUAUCUCCUCAAUAUCUGCAAGAAGAUCAAGAAAGCGAACUGCAACGUUCUGCUGAUCCAAAAGUCGAUUCUGCGCGAUGCAGUUGAUGACACGUCGCUCACCUUCCUCAAGCGCUUGAAUAUCCUUGUUGUUAAGGACGUAGAGCGCGACGAGAUUGAGUUCCUCUCAAAGAGCAUAGGAUGCAAACCUGUUGCUGAUGUGGAGGCCUUUACGGAAGACAAGCUUGGUUAUGCGGAUCUUGUUGAGGAGAGAAGUGAGUCUGGUGCCAAGGUGGUACGAAUUACAGGUAUUAGGAACCGCGGGCGCACGGUCAGCAUCCUUGCUAUGGGUAGUAACAAUCUUGUAUUGGAGGAAUGCGAGCGAAGUCUGCACGAUGCACUUUGCGUCGUACGCUGCCUUGUCAAGAAGCGGGCUUUAAUCGCCGGCGGCGGUGCCCCCGAAAUUCAUGUGUCGCGACUUCUGUCGCAAUACGCUCAUACCCUCAAGGGCAUGGAGGCCUACUGCUUCCAGGCAUAUGCAGAUGCUUUGGAAGUCAUCCCCACAACACUUGCGGAAAAUGCGGGACUCAACCCCAUCGCAAUUGUGACCGAGCUGCGUAACCGACAUGCCCUCGGAGAGCGCAACGCAGGCAUCAACGUGCGGAAGGGAUUGGUUUCAAACAUCUUGGAGGAAGAUGUAGUGCAACCUCUGCUGGUAUCUACAAGCGCCGUAGAGCUGGCAACGGAGACCGUCUGCCUACUGUUGAAAAUCGAUGACUACGUUCAGGCUCGAUAG